AUGGGAAAAGAAAAAACUCACAUUAACAUCGUCGUAAUUGGUCACGUAGAUGCUGGUAAAUCAACCACCACUGGUCAUUUGAUCUACAAGUGUGGUGGUAUUGACAAGCGUGUCAUUGAAAAGUACGAAAAGGAAGCUUCCGAACUCGGUAAGGCCUCCUUCAAGUACGCUUGGGUUAUGGACAAGUUGAAGGCUGAGCGUGAAAGAGGUAUCACCAUCGAUAUUGCCCUCUGGAAGUUCGAAACCAACAAGUACUACUUCACCAUCAUUGAUGCCCCAGGACAUCGUGAUUUCAUCAAGAAUAUGAUUACCGGUACCUCCCAAGCCGAUUGUGCCGUCCUCGUCAUUGCCUCCCCAACUGGUGAGUUCGAAGCUGGUAUUGCCAAGAAUGGUCAAACCCGUGAGCACGCUUUGCUCGCCUACACCUUGGGUGUCAAGCAAAUGAUCGUUGCCAUCAACAAGAUGGAUGAGAAGUCCACCAACUACUCUGAGGGACGUUACUCUGAAAUCGUCAAGGAAACCUCCUCCUUCAUCAAGAAGAUCGGUUACAACCCAGAAAAGGUUGCCUUCGUCCCAAUCUCUGGUUGGAAUGGUGACAACAUGUUGGAGAGAUCCACCAACAUGCCAUGGUACAAGGGACCAACUUUAUUGGAAGCCCUCGAUGCCAUCGUCGAGCCAAAGAGACCGGUUGACAAGCCACUCCGUAUCCCACUCCAAGACGUCUACAAGAUCGGUGGUAUCGGUACAGUUCCAGUCGGUCGUGUUGAGACCGGUAUCUUGAAGCCAGGUAUGGUCGUCACCUUCGCCCCAGCUGGUCUCUCCACUGAGGUCAAGUCCGUCGAAAUGCAUCACGAACAACUCACCCAAGCCGCCCCAGGUGACAACGUUGGUUUCAACGUCAAGAAUCUUUCCGUCAAGGAUAUCAAGAGAGGUAUGGUCGCUGGUGACUCCAAGAAUGACCCACCAGUCGAAACCGACAAGUUCCAAGCUCAAGUUAUCAUCUUGAAUCACCCAGGUCAAAUCCAUGCUGGUUAUGCCCCCGUCUUGGAUUGUCACACUGCUCACAUUGCCUGUAAAUUCACCACCAUCUUGGACAAGGUCGAUCGUCGUACUGGUGCUGUUGUUGCUCGUGAGGGUACUGGUGAAAUCAUCUUGAAGAACGGUGAUGCCGCUAUGGUCGAGUUGACCCCAACCAAGCCAAUGUGCGUCGAGACCUUCACUGAUUACCCACCACUCGGUCGUUUCGCCGUCCGUGAUAUGCGUCAAACCGUCGCUGUCGGUGUCAUCAAGGGUACCACCAAGAAGGUUGCUGGUAAGCCAGGAGACAAGAAGGCCGCCGCCCCAGCCAAGAAGAAGAAUAUCACAAUCAGUGGUCAAUCCAAUACUUCAGUGGUAAAACAAGAUAGAGAUAUUGUGGAAAGAGUAUUCAAAAAUAAAGUACUUCAACAAAAGAUAUUUGCGGAUAUCACAGAGAUACAUACGAUACUUGGUAUAAAGAGUUAUCAAUGGAGUACAUUGAUUACAGAUCAACCGAUACUUCUCUCACGUUACAACUUUGUAGAACAACUAAUCGAUUGUUAUCUCGCGCCAAGAAUACAACACAAUAACAACAACGCCAACAGCAAACCGAAUAACAGUAUCAAGCUGUUCAAUAUUACUGAUCAACUACCACGUCUAAUUGGAUUCGUAAUUAAACAUGGACAGCGACGAGUGCUGGAAUUCCUCUAUGAGCGAGGUUUAAUUCAACAAUGUAUCAAAGCGAAUCAAUUCCAAUAUACAGAUCUAUUGAGAUCGGCCGUUGAGUUUGGGCGACUUGAUCUUUGUCUCUACAUUGAGCAGAUGGCAGCAGCCGGUAACGAACAACUACUCUACGGUAGUAUAUUAGCAAGUUCACCGGUUUCCAAUAGCCUAGAGGUUAUCCAAUGGGUAUCAGAGCGCUACGAGAGCCUCGGUGUCAAUAAAGACAAGUUGGUAUAUUAUCCUAUUCGUAUUGCUGCACACGUAGGAAAUAUACACAUAUUUGAAUGGCUUAUCACCAAUCGAACAGCCGAUAAAAACGAAAGAAUUCUACAGAAUGCAUUGAACGAUGGACAUCUCCACCUUGCCGAUUACAUCAAAUCCAACCAUCUCAUCGAUAGCAAGAACAAUUCAAUCAAUCUCGAUUUCAUAGCCAGUAGAAAUCAAUUGGCCAGUUUGAAUUGGGUACUUGCAAAUCAAACACCCUCCACUCCCAACGGUGUAGCAUUGAGUUUAAUUUGUUCUAAAUCCGCUAUGGAUACUGCUGCUGCCAACGGUAACAUCGAGAUUCUCAGUUGGUUAUAUACCAAUACAACCUAUGGAUGUACAUUCAACUUUGCAAUGAGAGAUGCAUUCAGUAACUAUCAUUUUGAAGUGGUAGAGUGGUUACAAUCCAACUAUGGAAAUCAAGCUUGUCUACCGGUUGGACAUUUAACCAUACCAACUACUAGAACACCUUCACAUCUACCAUUACAAAUGAUUCAAUGGUUUCAUUGUAAUCGUAGUGAAGGAUUCUCUAGUAAUGCAAUGGAUACAGCUGCUCGGUUCUCUCUGGAAAUCGUUCAAUUCCUUCAUGAGAAUGGAACAUCGGGAUGUUCGUCUCAAGCAUACUACAAUGCAGUCAUUCAUAAUCAAGCAGAGAUAUUCCAAUUCCUCUGUGACAAUAGACCAGAUGUUGAGAUUCCAUCGACUCUAUUUGAGAAUGCUUGUACCAAAGAUAAUCUCGAUAUGAUACAAUUCCUACACAACACUAGAACCGAACCGUAUUGGACAUCGAAAGCAAUGGAUAAUGCAGCUGCAGCAGGAAACAAAAGAGUCGUUAAAUGGCUUCAUGAAAAUAGAUCAGAAGGUUGUACACAGGAUGCUAUUACAUUGGCAAUAUUCAAUGGAUCAUUGGAAGUAGUAAAAUAUUUAAUAGAAAAGAAACUAUAUCAACAAGAUUUAACAGAAUUAAUUAAUUAUUCAAUUUCUCAAAAUAAAUUGGAAAUUAAAAAUUAUUUACAACAACAAAUAAAUUUGAAAAAAUAA